GCAGCAUCAGCAACGCGAACGCGCAGCUUGAGCCGCAGCGAACUUUGUUCCCCUCGCGAAGGGCGGCUGCGCUGCGCUCCGCUCCGCCUUUCCGCGGAAACAGCAGCAGGAGCGGCUCCGCCGUCUCAUGGUGCCUCGCCCUUCGGGAGCACAGAGCGCCAGCGCGGGGAAGACGCCGCUCCACGGCUAGAGGACGUGCUGCGCUCCUUCUCGAGAAGAUGGCGGCCCCAGUGCUGGCGAACCGCGCGGCAUCUGUGAGCAGCGUGGGCAGCAGUCCCACGUCCACGGCGCGCACCUCCAACAACAACAACAACCGGGUGACGCCGAGCUACCCCGAGCUCGACUUCAGGUCGGGGGCGAGGAUGGAGGAGCUGAACAGACUCAUCGCCGAGUUCAGCAGACACCAUCAGAGGGAGUACGACGACCAGCGCGCGCUCGAGAUCCACACGGCCAAGGACUUCAUCUUCUCGGUGCUCGGCAUGGUGCAGAAACUGGACCAGAAGCUGCCUGUUGCCAAUGAGUAUCUCUUGCUGUCCGGUGGCGUACGUGAAGGAGUGGUGGACAUGGACAUUGACGAGCUCAACGUCUACGCCCGAGGGACAGAUUACGACAUGGACUUCACCCUGCUCGUUCCCACUCUGAAACUGCAUGACCGGAACCAGCCGGUAACCCUGGACAUGCGCCAGUCGGUGCUUGGCCACUCCUGGCUCAGCCUGAGGCUCUUCGACGAAGGCACCAUUAACAGGUGGAAGGACUGCUGCACCUCCGUGGAACACAUCAGUGGCACCACCAACUACUUUUUCUCUCCCACCCUCGUAGCAGACUGGUUCUAUGAGUCCAUCAGCAUGGUUCUUGGAGACAUCCAGAAGAGACCCCAACGUGGUAUGCCCCGGGUAGAUAAGCUGGAGAAAAAUGACACCAUCAUCUCUGUUAUUCUUGGAGUGGGCAGCAGCCGCAUGCUGUACGACAUUGUGCCUGUGGUGUCCUUCAGAGGGUGGCCAGCUGUGGCGCAGAGCUGGCUCAUGGAGAACCACUUCUGGGAUGGCAAGAUUACCGAGGAGGAGGUGAUCAGCGGCUUCUACCUUGUGCCAGCCUGUUCCUUCAGGGGACAAAAGGAGAACGAGUGGCGGCUGUCGUUUGCUCGCAGUGAGGUGCAGCUGAAGAAGUGCCUCUCCAGCAGCCUCAUGCAAGCGUACCAGGCCUGCAAAGCUAUCAUCAUCAAGCUGCUGUCGCGCCCCAAAGCCAUUAGUCCCUACCAUCUGCGCAGCAUGAUGCUCUGGUCAUGUGACCGGCUUCCAGCCAGUUACUUGUCCCAAGAAGACUUCUCUGCCCACUUCCUGCUAGGCCUCAUCGACGACCUUCUGUACUGCUUGAUUAAUAAAACGUGCCCUAACUAUUUCAUCCCUCAGUGCAACAUGCUGGAGCAUCUUUCGGAGGAUAUGGCCAUGCUGCACGCGCGAAAGCUGUCGUCCGUGCGCUCGGACCCUGCCGAGCAUCUGCGGACUGCCAUCGAGCACGUGAAGGCUGCCAACCAGCUGACCCUUGACCUGCAGCGUCAGACAAGCGUGUCGAAUCUCCCAUCUCCUCAGUCCGAUCUCACGGACCAGCAGCCUGAUGACAGGUUGGCGAAGAAGCUGCAGCAGCUUGUGACGGAGAACCCCGGGAAGUCCAUCUCUGUUUUUAUCAACCCUGAUGAUGUCACGCGACCACAUUUCCGCAUAGAUGAUAAGUUCUUCUGAGCGUCACCUAUAUGUGUGUGCGUGUGUGUGUACGUCCGUUAUUCGGUUCGUUGUAAACAAUUGUGAAACCCAGUGGUGUUGCUCUUUUGUUCCCAUCCAAGGAAAGCCCCAGCCAAGCCACAGCUGGCUGUACAGCACUGCUAUGCGUAACCAUGGUGACAGCGAUGUGCUGCAGAAGACUGUUGAGAACAGAAAACACUAGCACACAAGGUGCUAGUAACUGCUUUCUGUUAUCAGGAGAAAGGACAUUUCUGGUUGUGCUGCCGUGUAUUGGAGUCCCUGCCUGUGAACACGCAUUACAUUAGCGUGUGUGAGUGCUAUGGUACAGUGAUCUUAGAAAGACGAUGCCUACAGAAUUCCGCCCCACGCUCAGAAUUCAGCAUUUUGGCGGCUGGUACAUAUUGUUCCUGGUUUCUUUAGUUUUGUCUUUGUGUGGAAGAGCCAUAGUAAGUUGCCUAGAAGAGUUGCAUUGUGAAACUGGAGGAGUGUAUCCACUGCUAAACAGCGCUGGCCUCUGUGCAUGUGAGUGAGUGCAGUGAGGGAGCACAUUGAGUGUAGCAUCGUUAUCGAAUACACACUCUUGAGUUUUGUCACAACGCCGCAGUUGUGUUCCUGCUGCAUGGAUUUGUAGAACAAAAAUGGCAGGGUGGGUACAGAGCGCUUUAAAUACUGAAAUCAUCACCUAGAAGAAACUCAACACUCCUGCAAAAUUAAAUUAGAUAAAAACAUAAGCCAAUGUAAAAAUUCAAAAAAUAAAGAAUAUGCCGUGUGUGAUGAUUCUUUUGUUUCUUGCAAAGAGCUUUAUGAUAUGACUUCUGCUCAAGUGUUAUAGACUUUCUUCUAUACUCCCUACCAGCGCUUUGACCAUCCAAAUGCUUUUUCACACACUUUAUCACUUCAGCUGAUGUUUUAACUGCAAUACACUCACUAACUUGCACACUUUUAUAAACUGCAUGUCCUUGUCAGGGUCGCAGCGAUCCGGAGCCUAUCCCGGAAACACUGGGUGCUGGAAACUGAACAGAACACCUUGGACUGAGCCCCAGUCCCAUGCAAUGUUUGUUUUUAAAAUGGAAUUGUGCUGCUCUCAAAUCGCUCCUACAAAAGUCUGCAUUAUGUCAGUUGUUCCUUUAUUCAUUGUGUCUUAGGAAAGUUUUCAAAAUUAAAACAUGCCUUACAGCAGAACUGACCAUUCACAAAUGAUUUAGUAAUGCAGCACAUAGUAAUUGCAUUGAAACAACACAUACUGAUCAUCCUUUGUAGUAUUUUAUAGAUAGAAAUUGUAUAUCAGUUUCUUGAAUGUGACUGUGUGUGUUGUCAUUCUGUUGUAGUCGGGACAAAUCCCGAACAUUAAAGAAUGUGUCCUGUGAAGAACGUGUGGUGGCCAGGGCUCUGCCUCACCUGUUCUCGUUCGCCACUCUCCACCUUAGUCUGCCCACGGUAUAUUCUCUUCCGUCGUACGAUACGGUAGGAUUCAGGAAAUGAGCACUUCGUCGCUGAGGUGCACACACACUCAGGAGGCCAGCAGCUCACACACACAUUUGUGCCGUUUUUCUCGUGCACACUCCACACAAUGAUGCUCUGCCCCACCCAUGCAAGAUGGCCCUUCCUUAUGCACCAUUUGAGCCUUUCACGUUUGUGUACUGUUACUUGAUGCAAAGUUACUAAACUCUGCAUCAGUGAGUGGGUCUUGUCAAGGGCUACGUCUUCUGGUCCUUUAAUGAAGCUUCCAGUAUUUUGAUUGGUUUUACAGUCGAAUGCUUCACUCCACCUGGGACACCUGGGCAAUAGCUGUGUGGGAUGAGCUGGGCAGAAGAGGCACAGCAAGCGCCAACUGCCCUGCAUCUAUGGGAACUGCUGCAGAAGAGCUGCCAAGACAUGUUGGCUGGUUUUUCUGCUGCUGAGUCCUGUUCUCCAAAUGUGUUGUGAGAAAAGACUACAGCAGGCGUGCUCAAACUUUUGACCGGCACUGUAAAUGUCCACGACAAAUUACAGGGAUGAGUAAAGCAGGUGUUUUUUUUUAGACUUUUACACCUGACUUCCUAUCAGAUGUUGGAACAAAUGAGUUGAUUCCAAAGUUGAAGUAAAACAGUGUCAGCAGGUUUAGAACGAAUGCGUCUCUUGUAAAAGGUGAAACGCCUCUAAUUGACUUGUAACAUCGCUGUUGGAGUUAUCGGUUCCGUACAUAUUACCGGUAAUCUAUUCAUUAUGGGAUUUGUUGCUACUUUCUUAGACGAAAGAAAGUAGCUUCAAAAGUCAACAGCAAAGAGUUUCAAACUCUUGUCUACUUGUUUUUGCUUAUGAAAGUUAACAUUUCAAGGGAAAUCAUGCCGUAUUUAGACUCAAUCCAGAACAACGUAUUAGGUGUCUAUCAGCUAGAGGAUCUAAUUAGUGAAAGUGCUUUUUCUUGCCAUGGCUAAAAGCCCUAUAAUGACUCUGUACAUGUUGUAUGGUGCAUUGUUCGCUCAAGCACCCCGAACAACACAACUUGAACCGCUUCACGCCUUGGUCCUCUCAGCCAUGCUCUGCUGAUUGAGAGCCACAACUGUAUGUCACUGAUGGAUGAAGAAUGUGCACUCCAUGCUUUUCACAUUUUAUGUAUUUCUCACUACCCUUAAUCAUAGUAUUAAACGAAUAAAUGAGGUUUGGAUAUGUCCGCAGUCUAUCGCAACUUUCAUGUGAACCAUGGUUUAAGUGCUAGGACUCGUGUGCUUUUACAGACUGCAACAGUUAAGUGUUGUAAUAACUGAUUGAAUGAGGUUGAUUAAAUGUUGCACAGGAUACUAAAGAAUUUCUGUUCCACAAACAUUGGCUUAUAGUUCAGUAAAUACAGUGUAUGCUAUAAUAUAGCUUUUAAUGACUGCAGUAUAGUCUAUGUGUGUGUAUGAAACCAUAUUGGGUGUAUUUAUGUUUAAAUUUAAAUAAAAUACUGUUG